CGUGACUGAAACGCGCCUUAGUAACAGCACGAAAAAAGAGCUGAGCACCGCGGCGUUAAAUGGGUCAUACCUGAAAUUCGUUUCAGAAUGUUCCGCUGCAUUUUUACGGGGAAUCUUUGUACGCUUUGUUGCUGACAUCUUACGUCUCUAUUCAUCAAGUUAGACAGCGACUACAGAAGGAUAUCACACAAUUAAAAACACCCUCUUUGCCAACGUUAGCUAGCGGAAGGAAGAACUGUACCGUGUGUCUCAUUGUACAGCUGUUGGGAAACAAAACAUGACGACUUUAACGAGACAAGACCUCAAUUUUGGACAAGUGGUUGCUGAUAUUCUGUGUGAGUUCCUGGAGGUUGCUAUACAUCUCAUUCUGUAUGUUCGUGAAGUUUAUCCCUCUGGCAUAUUUCAGAAGAGAAAGAAAUACAAUGUUCCCGUGCAGAUGUCAUGCCACCCAGAGCUGAAUCAGUAUAUUCAAGAUACCCUACAUUGUGUAAAACCACUGAUUGAGAAGAAUGAUGCAGAGAAGGUGGUAGUGGUCAUCAUGGACAAAGAGCAUCACCCAGUGGAGAGAUUUGUAUUUGAGAUUUCCCAACCUCCACUGCUCUCUAUCAGCUCAGACACAUUACUGUCACAUGUGGAGCAGCUGCUGAGGGCGUUCAUCCUGAAGAUCAGUGUGUGCGAUGCUGUCUUAAAUAAUAAUCCACCAGGGUGUUCUUUUACUGUACUAGUGCAUACCAGAGAUGCUGCUACACGCAACAUGGAGAAGGUUCAGGUUAUCAAGGAUUUUCCGUGGAUAGUUGCUGACGAGCAAGAAGUCCACAUGCAGGAGCCUCGACUCAUUCCGCUUAAAACCAUGACCUCUGACAUUGUAAAAAUGCAGCUCUACGUGGAAGAGAGAACCCAGAAAACGUAGGUGUUAACUUUGCUGAAAGGAUUGCUACGUCUGCAUUAACUAAUCUGUGACAACAAGGAAUCCUGAACAGAAUAUUUUAUACAGCCAAUCAGAGGCGGAGCGAAGAAUUUUUGCGGGGUCAUCGAGUGUGAGAUGUUCUUGGUGGUAUGUGCUUUUGAGGUCAUUCACUUUGCUGUAGCCAGUGUUAAGGAUCAGACUGAUGCACUGUGUUGUCAUUUUGUGCAAAAUCUUCAUCUAUCAUCAGUCUGGGCCACACAGUUGAUUGACUGCAUUCCAUAUAUUGCAUAUAUGGUUCUGUUUUUAUUGGCAUGUAUUGUGUGUUAGUGUUCAUAAAUGCAGAUUUUUUUUAUGUAACAUGAUUACAAUGUAGUUAUAAAUCUGUGAUAGUAAAAUUGAAGGGGAAACUGAAAUCUAUGGCAGUAGAAAAGAGUAACAAUAUCUCCCACCAGCACCUUCAAUCUACAAACCCCAAUCUGUGUUGUAUUGUUACUGUAAGAAUAUUACACCUUGUUUGUCUUUGUUGGUCAAUUGUUUUGCUGUUGAUCCCCAUAGAGAGGCGUCUUUUUACCUCCACAGGGAGGUCAGUCCAUCUCUCUCUGUUUAAUGUACAGUGUCUUCACCAAUGCUAUUAAACUGCUGAGCCAUAGUAGUUCCUUAUGUGGUGUCUACAGUAGCAUCCAUCAGGAAUACUGUGUCAGAGCUUCAAUGUAUAGGUUUUGGUUAGAUACCUGUGCAAUAAAUGGAUCUCGGUGUGUACAGUUGCAACAAUCUCCCACUGUUAUGUGACAAAUGCAAAGUUAUAUUUACUUCUUAAAUGCAGCAAUGUGUUUAAAUAUGAAAAACAUGGCUAUCAAAUUGUAAUAAAACCCUUUUAAAGCACCA